UAAAAUCGAAUUUAGUCAGUUUACAGAAGCUAACUGUGUUGCCUACUGAGCACUGCUAGUCUGCUAGGAUUGUUCCAAUAUGGCGGACUAGAAAAUAUUGACAAAAUAAACAAAUAAUGCAUUAAAAAUAGUAUGUCGGGCCGUAGAUCGCUCGGUUCCAUAGCUCAGGAGAGUAUCUCAAUAAGCCCUGGAGAUCCUCUACGGGAUUUGUUCGAAGCUUGCAAGCACGGUGACGUAUCUCGAGUUCGAGUUUUGGUGACUCCGCAGAACGUGAAUGCUCGGGACACAUCGGGACGGAAAUCGUCUCCUUUACAUUUUGCUGCAGGAUACGGGAGACGGGAAGCUGUUGAAAUCUUGUUAAACGCGGGAGCUAACGUGCAUGCACGGGACGACGGAGGUCUAAUCCCGCUUCAUAACGCUUGCUCUUUUGGGCACGCAGAGGUGGUAGCACUUCUUCUGCGAGCGGGAGCAGAUCCUAACGCGCGGGAUAAUUGGAGUUACACACCUCUGCAUGAAGCUAGUAUAAAGGGUAAAAACGAUGUUUGUGUGAUGCUCCUGCAGCACGGAGCAGAUAACACACUCAGGAAUACGGAAGGAAAGACGGCUCUUGAUGUAGCAGAUCCUCUGACAAAACCCGUCCUGGCAGGCACAGAUUACAAGAAGGAGGAGCUCCUUGAAGCCUCCAGGAGUGGGAACGAGGAGAAGAUCCUCUCUCUUCUCACCCCACUCAAUGUCAACUGUCAUGCUAGUGAUGGUAGGAAGUCGACCCCACUUCAUCUCGCCGCAGGAUACAACCGCACUCGCAUUGUGGAACUUCUGCUACAGCAUGGAGCAGAUGUACAUGCUAAAGACAAGGGAGGUCUUGUACCGCUCCAUAAUGCCUGCUCCUAUGGACAUUUUGAGGUAACUGAGUUGUUAAUCAACCAUGGAGCCAAUGUUAACGCCAUGGAUUUGUGGCAGUUUACUCCUCUCCAUGAAGCUGCUAGCAAGUCAAGGAUUGAGGUCUGUAGCUUGCUCCUGUCUCAUGGAGCUGAUCCAACCCUGCUCAACUGUCAUUCUAAGUCUGCUAUAGACGUUUCUCCAACCAGAGAACUGCAAGAUCGUCUGUCCUUUGAGUUUAAAGGACAUUGUCUCAUUGAUGCAUGUAAGCAAGGAGACCCGCAGAAACUCAAGAAAUAUCUCACCGCAGAUGUAAUAAAUUUCAAACAUCCUUACACUGGUGACAACUGUUUGCACUGUGCAGUCUCUAGUCCGUUUCCAAAGAGGAAAUCCAUUGUGGAGACCUUAUGCCGUAAAGGCUGCAACAUGAAUGAAAAGAACAAGGAGUUUCUCACUCCUUUGCAUGUUGCUACAGAUAAGAGUCAUUAUGAUGUAUUGGAGCUGAUGCUUAAACACGGAGCUAAGGUAAAUGCACUAGAUAGUCUUGGACAGACUUGCUUACACCGUGCAGGACGGGAGGGUAAUGUGCAGGCAUGUAGGAUACUGCUAACCUUUGGUGUAGAUUCAUCUAUUGUCUCCCUACAAGGAUAUACAGCUGCUCAGCUGGCUACUGACUCUGUUAGUAAACUGCUAGCAGAGGAACCAGCCAACGGAGGAAUAGACAUUGAGUACCAGCUCUUGGAAGCCAGCAAAGCUGGAGACCUGGAGCUAGUGAAGAAAAUUGUAAAUAUGCACGCACAUAUUGUAAAUUGUAGAGAUCUGGAUGGAAGGCAUUCCACCCCCCUUCAUUUUGCAGCUGGAUACAAUAGGGUUGGAGUAGUGGAGUUUUUGCUUAGCAACGGCGCUGAUGUACAUGCCAAAGACAAGGGAGGUCUGGUACCUCUUCACAAUGCUUGCUCCUAUGGACACUAUGAAGUGACUGAGCUGUUGGUAAAACAUGGAGCAACAGUAAAUGUGAGUGAUCUAUGGAAGUUUACUCCACUACAUGAAGCUGCUGCUAAGGGUAAAUAUGAGAUUGUAAAACUUCUGCUCAAGCAUGGUGCUGAUCCCAGCAAGAAAAACAGAGAUGGGCACACUCCCUUGGACCUGGUAAAGGAAGGGGAUCAAGAUGUGGUAGACCUUCUACGUGGUGAUAGUGCACUUCUUGAUGCUGCCAAGAAAGGAAAUCUGAGCCGGGUUCAAAAAUUAAUAAACCCAGAGAACAUCAACUGCAGAGAUUCUGCCGGGCGGAACAGCACUCCGCUUCAUCUAGCUGCCGGAUACAACAAUCUAGAAGUGGCGGAGUAUUUAUUAGAGCAAGGGGCGGAUGUAAAUGCUCAGGAUAAAGGCGGACUUAUCCCUCUUCAUAAUGCCAGCUCCUAUGGGCAUCUAGACAUUGCUGCUUUGUUAAUUAAAUAUAGCACAAUUGUCAAUGCAACAGACAAGUGGGGAUUCACUCCGCUACAUGAGGCAACUCAGAAAGGUCGAACCCAGCUCUGCGCUCUUCUCCUUGCUCAUGGUGCAGAUCCUAACCUAAAGAACCAGGAAGGACAGACACCUCUAGAUUUAGCUACAGCUGAUGAUGUCAAGUGUCUGCUUACUGAUGCUAUGCCUACCGAUAUUGUCAUUCCAACGAGACCUAAAUCUCCUACACCAAACCGACCUAACAUCUCCCUACGACAGGACACUAUGGGCGCUAUUAGCACCGUUCUUAUGCCAAGUGGGACAGCUGUUCCUAUUCCUAUUCCUGCCGGGGCAGGAGCUAGCUUUCCUAAACCCCAACCGGGAGAUGGUGGAAUAGAUUUUACUAAAACUGAGAUGGUGACUCCGGAGACAAGUAUGAACAUGAGCUUGGCAGCGUUCCUGGCCAGCUUACAGAUGGAGACCUCACAUCUCCACCAGAUCAGGGAGGUGUUUGAACGCGAGCAGAUCACUGUGGACAUCCUUGCAGAGAUGGGACAUGAAGAUCUCAAGCAGAUCGGAAUUCAUGCAUAUGGACACAGGCACAAACUAAUCAAGGGUAUUGAGAAGCUUCUAUCCGGAGCUGCUCCUAUGAUCUGGCAUCCACCUCCUAGCAGUAGUGGGCAGGGUACUGUACUGGUGGAUAUAGGAAACGAGGACCAAGAGUGGACAAGUGUAGAGGAGGAGAUGCAGAGCACUGUCAGGCAGCACAGGGACCAGGGACAUGCAGGAGGUCAAUUCAGUAGUUACAGAAUUUACAAGAUCCAGAAGAUUCGAAAUACAAAGCUUUGGGAGCGUUACAGUCACAGACGACGAGAAAUGGCGGAGGAGAAUCAUAAUCAGAGCAACGAACGGAUGCUUUUCCACGGAAGUCCAUUUAUACAGGCGAUUGCACAGAAAGGAUUUGAUGAACGUCACGCCUAUAUCGGCGGUAUGUUCGGGGCGGGAAUAUACUUUGCCGAGCACAGCAGUAAGAGCAACCAAUACGUUUACGGAAUAGGAGGAGGAACUGGAUGUCCGCAACAUAAGGACCGUUCCUGUUAUUCUUGUCAUCGUCAGCUUCUUCUCUGCAGAGUCGCGCUAGGGAAAAGCUUCCUGCAGUUUAGCGCGAUGAAAAUGGCGCAUGCACCCCCCGGUCAUCAUAGCGUCGUGGGUCGACCAUCCGUAGGGGGGCUUUCUUUUCCAGAAUAUGUGAUUUAUAGAGGAGAGCAGGCCUAUCCAGAGUAUUUAAUUACGUAUCUCAUCGUCAAACCAGAGCCAUCAGCUGACGAAUCCUCGGAAUAAAACCGCUAAACCGUCAGCUGACGAAUUUUCGGAAGAAGACCGUUAAACCAGAAGCUGAUGAAUUCUUAUAAUAUAAUAAGAAGACCGUUAAACCUGAUCCAUCAACUGACGAAUCCUCAGAAUAAGACCGUUAAACCGUCAGCUGGCGAAUCUUCAGAAGAAGACCGUUAAACCAGAACGUUAGGUGACGAAUCUUCAGAAUAAGACUGUUAAACCUGAAUCGCCAGCUGACUAUUCUUCAGAACAAGGCCGUUUAACCAGAGCCACCAACUGACAAAUCUUCAGAAGAAAAUCAGAUAAACCCAAAGUUAAGAGCUAUUAACGCUAGGCUCAGUAAUAAAUAUUCAAUUUUUUG